CCCCAAAACCCCACCAGACCCCAAUCGAGAAAUCGAGAGAAAGAGAAGAUGUCAGGAAGAGGGAAAGGAGGGAAGGGAUUGGGAAAGGGAGGAGCGAAGAGGCAUAGGAAGGUAUUGAGAGACAACAUCCAAGGUAUUACGAAGCCUGCUAUCCGUCGUUUGGCUCGCCGUGGUGGGGUCAAGAGAAUCAGUGGUCUGAUCUACGAGGAGACGAGAGGAGUUCUCAAGAUCUUCCUUGAAAACGUUAUCCGUGAUGCCGUCACCUACACCGAGCAUGCUCGCCGCAAGACCGUCACCGCCAUGGAUGUCGUCUACGCACUCAAGCGCCAGGGCCGUACUCUCUACGGCUUCGGCGGCUGAUCUGCACCGUCUGUUUUGGAUUUUUGGAUCCGACGGUGGCGAUGUAAAAAUCCUUGUGGGCCAUGUUUUUUGGAUGAUGUUUUGAAAAUCACUUGAAUGGAUGAAUGAAAUCUGCUUUUUGAUGAA